AUGGUUUACCCUGGGAUUCCAGUGGAAUCGACGUGUCGAUCCCCCCUAGAACCCCCAGGAAUAACGCCAGCAAUUUACCAGACCCCGUCAUCAACUCCAUCAGUGAUUUUGCCCCAGCAACCGCUGGUGUACACCUCAUACAAUGCAUACUGUGGAGUUCCCCAAGUUCAAUCGACAUUUCCUGAUGUGCGAAGACAUCCAGUCACUAAUAAUUCACACUACAGUUUAAGAUCCCAAGACUUCAGAGGAAUAAAAUCCCCGAAAUGGCACCAGAAAUCCCGUCCCCGUUAUAAGGAAUACCCGCAAGUGGCCCUCCAACAACCGAUCCCCUUUCCUGCGCCAGUGGUCCUCUACGAUCCCCUCCAGAGUCACCUGACUCCUCCACUACCAUCCUUGAACUCCGUCUACCUACAAACGCCCACCUGUUACAGUCAGCCUUGCCCCACCGAUACCUUUUCCACUUACAAUCCAACUGUGAUACCCCAGACGUACUACAAACCCCCCGAGUCGCAGCAAUUCUGUCUCAUCCACGAUCGAUCUCCAGCCCAGGCUCAAUUGUCUCUUCAAGGUGUUCAGCAAGUCCAGCAGGCACCCUAUUAUACUGUCCCGACGACUUACACCACUAACAGAAAUUAUGGAAACACUUCCACCAGUUUUUCCAGUAGCAUAGCAAGUGUUUCCACUCAUGCACAAUCGACUCCCAACUUUAUUAAUUAUUCUAACGACAAAAUGGGCCCAGUCUCUACAACGAAAUUCCAACAUUCCGAGCUUUUGUACCCUGAGAGAGGUUCAUUGACAUGUGAAAAUCGGUUGAGCUUAAAUGAACCAAUUUUUGAGAUGCCCGAAGACUCCAAGCCCUCGACCCCUUCCUUCACCCCUUCCAAGACCAACAAACUCGACAAGUACUUCGACGACUCAUCAACCUUCGACUUCACCAUUGAAGCCGAGAAGAUGGUCUCAGCCCUCUGCAGUACCUCCCUCGACCUAGAAAAAGACGACGACCCCCAGAAAAUCCCCCUCUCCUUGAAACCAGAAGGUAUCUCCAAGGCCUACAAGUCCUGGUACAUCGACGACUACCCCAAGAACUCAAAGACCGUGGAGACCCAGACCUCCCACCCGGAAGACCUGCAGUCCCCCGAAGUCCUCCGGAGAACGAUUUACACUGGUUGCGCCGAGAUGGAGAACCUCCUCACGACCUCCAAUACUACCUACCGCAGGAACUGGCUCUUGAGUCUCUCCUCGGCGACUAAAAUCGCCCUCUCCAAGUCCUCCACCUGUUUCCCGAUUUACCUCAACGACAAAGCGUUCGGUCAAGACCUCAUGAACUCAUUCCUGCGGAUCAGUAACGGUUGGCUGGCCCUGGACAACUAUCUCAAUAAACAACCCAACCUCUCCCUCUCCCAGAAAUUCGACAAGGAUCUCCAGAAGUCCUUCAAAGCCUGGGAGUCAGCGACCUCGACCCUCCUCGACAAUAUAACCAAGAACUUCAAGAAGCUGGACGGUAGCUCCGACGAGCCCCUCCAAGAGAAUUCUUCUCACACGUCAUCUUUCCCGGGAGACGUCUCGCUCUAUGUUAACUACAAUCUCUUCAGCAACUCCCCAGGCCCUGUCACAGCCUCCCAAGUUCUCAAGACCAACCGCAACGUCUCCUACCCGAUCCAAACGUGCGACCAGAAGCCAAGAUGGUUGUCAGUCGCAAGAGAGAGCAAAGUCAGAACCAAAUGGACGAUCACCGAGAAUUCUCGAAACGUAAAGGACCUGCAGACAUUUCCAGCCCAACAGCUCUCCAACCUGAUGAUCCCUCAACCUGAAACUACGAAUAUCGAGACAACGUUGAGCAUCUGGAGCCCCUGCAUCUCCUCAGCCCCAUCCUACUCGAACCUUCUCUAUCCCAAUCCUUCAAACGUGACAUUAGUCAGUCAAAUAGAAUCCAAGAAAGUUGAUAACUCCUCCGAUGGUGAAACGAUCAACCUCUCCGCUUGGUUUGCAAGCAUGAAAAGCAGGGACGACUCACCGUCACCAGGAUCUCAGAACUUCUGGGGAACCAAGACGUCUCUGAACCUCCGCGACCCCCUAAAACGUGCUUUCGACGCCGUGGGAACAUCGAAGAUGGAUGCCAAUCGUCAACUGAGGACACUGAAGAACAUGAGAGCGAUCCAGAGUGCUCCCUGGACUGCUAACCAGAUCCUGGAGGACCAGACCACCACGAAGAAACCUCCAGAUGACAACAUUGAGGACACGAAAGUCUACAUGAAGCCCGGGAGCUACAACGUCCCCAAGAAAAAAGGUCAGUCCAGGCGUUCCCGUAAGACCGAGUCGAUAGGAUUCAAGAAGAGUUGUCCCCAGGCUGAACAAGUUCCCAAGCCACCAGCAACGUUCUUCGAAGACUAUCGAAAACCAGACGAAGGACAGUCUGAGAUCGCUUUCGAAAAAGGGAACUUCUCCAAUGGUACUUCAUCGUCAUCUUCGACCUGCUCUCAGGAUGUUCGGAGAGACGUGACUUGGAAGGCUGCUUGUGCCUCCGCUGAACUCCUUCUAGAUGCUCUGAACGUGAAGAAGAAAUCCAGAGACUAUAAAAAGAAGCAUGAGGAUUUCGACUCGAGUUAUGAAGCUUCUGAAGAGGACGAGGGGGACACCUUCAAGCCGAUGAUCGUGGAUGCGAAUGCAGUUGGCAAGGAGGGACAGAGAACCAAUGUGAAGACAGACUCUUGGUUGAUCAAGACGUUGAAUAAUGCAGCUAAAAGUGACGGUUCAUCGAGUUGCUCGAGGGAUGAUAAGCAGAGAGUCAAUCGGAUGAGAGACGUCAAGAGUGUUACUCCUUGGGGGAAGCCUCAAGGGGACGCUGAGAGGUCCUUCUCCCUCGAAACGAGUCAUACGAUCGCUGUAAUGACGCUUGUCGAUGCCGUCGGGAAGGCUACUUACUCGGAGACUGUUAGGAGGUUCUCAACUACGACAAAGCCAACUUCAUCGAAGGUGUCGUCACAGAAGUAUCUCAGGAGUGUUCAGCCUCUUAAAGAAACUCCUAUUUGCAGUGUCGCUGAGGAUGAAACUGAAGACAAUGGGUCCAAGGUAGCUUCUGGGAAACAGAGAAAGGGUAAGGGACAAUCGAAUGAUAAGGGCUGGUCUGUUUGGUACAGCUCGAGGAAAAAACAGCAGAGUAACUCGUUGGGAGCAGCUGCCCUGGAGAAGCUUUUGGGUAUCUAUAGGAUCUUGUGGAGAAUGGAUGCUACCAGGCUCUUCAAGUUCCCGGGGGGGAGCUCCAAGGAGGCUGAGGGCUCUUCCAAUCUUAGUAUUGAAGAUUAUCGAAAGGUGAUCAAGAGUCCAAUGUUCCUGGAGACAAUUGGUUACAAAUUGAAGAAUCAUGUUUACAGGAAAGUGGAACAUGUAAUUCGAGACUUCAGGAAGAUUGUGCAUAAUUCCAAAGCUUAUCACAAGAAUGAUAAAGAUUGUACUGAGAAGAUUGAACUGUUAUCCAAAAAACUGGAGGAACUGGUGGACCAAAAUUUUUCCGAUGACCUCCAACCAAAACCUUCCUCGUCCCAGACUACUUCAACCCCUCCAACUGCCACUGGUAGUCCGAAAAACCCUGACGAAAGGGAAACUUCCACCCGGCGAAACCCUCGCAGCACUUGA